AUGUACGCCCUUAGUGCUCUGGGUGAGGGUUCGGGCCGCGCUCCGGUGCGGUCGUCCCGCCCGACGGGACCCGGCCAGCAGCCGGGAAGGAGCGCCCGCAAACUUGGUCGAGAGCCUAGAGCCGAGACCGGCAGGGCACGCGGGGCAGGCGGAAGAGAGGUCGCCGCCCAGACUUCCUGCCCCUUUCGCCCCGACCAAGUCGGCAAGAAAAGUUUUCUCGACGAGAGCAGGCGUGUCCUCGUCCAGAGAAGGAGCGGGUUCCGCGGCUCCGACGGAUGGCGACACGGAGCUAGGUCUCGAGGAGCGGAUGGGGAAAGAACCGGGUCGCGAGAACACGGGGCCCCACAACUUAGCGCUGGGACUGCAGGGCCCGCCCCCGCGACACCGCCCCCGCCUCUCUGGAUCGAGCCCCUUCCUGCCGCCUCGGCUGCCGAUACCGCCGUGAGAGGUACACCCUGGGCGCGUGGGGGCGCACGGUUCGGGCAGGAGUUUCCUCCGAGCGCGCGUCCGCCCGCCAGCCUCUCCCGCCCCCCGCCGCCCCUUCCUUGCCCCUCCCGGACCCGGGCUGCGCGGGGAGGGCGCAGGGGGCGGGCGGCGGCGCAGGGAGGAGGAAACGAAGAGCUGGGAGCAGAGGACCGUCCCCGGAGAGAAGCCCGCUCCAGCUGCAGCUGCGAGCCCCCUCCCUCCUUCCCGCCUUGCAAACGCGGAGAUGGCGGAAGCAGCUGA